GGCACGUGGGCUGGAGACACUUCCUAGAAACGCGCGCCGGCUCAACCCUGCCCGAACUUUGCUGUAAACAGAGCGCUGACAGGCGGCAUCCCCGCUGGGUGGAUCCCGCGCUCCAGGCGCAAGUGGCACUUCUUGCUUUUAAUUAUCGAGAGGAGAGGCGAAUACGAACUAGCUGCUCGGCAAGUCAGUGCAGGAGACUCACUUCUGGGAGGCUUGCGGGGAGGCUGGGGGAAGAGCUGGGGGAGGCUGCUGCUCUGCUCCGGCUGUUUUCUCAAUGAAUAGCUGGCGGGGAGACUGAAGCUAGCCACAGCCUCCUCCUCACUCCGCGGCUGGGUGACGGCGACAGCUCCAGCCGGGACCUGGCUCUCAAGACGCGCUCCUUGGAAUGUCCUCUUGCUCCGUGCUUCUAACCCACCGGACCCCAGGACAGAAAGGCUUAGCGGAUCCAAAUAUUGCCCGGCAAUUGGGAAUGGUAUUUUCUGAUGACAACCCCUUCUGGUUGUGACAAAGCCUGUCGCCCGCAGUUGCCCCUGGAGGGAAGUACUAAGUAAAACUCAAUCUUGUCUUAAAGUGUGGCUGCAGGGGCCAGAGGAGAGCCAGCACGCACCAUGGCACCGGCCGGACACAUCCUCACCUUGCUGCUCUGGGGUCACCUGCUGGAACUCCUGACCCCAGGUCACUCCGCGAACCCCUCCUACCCCAGGCUACGCCUGUCACAUAAAGAACUUUUGGAACUGAACAGGACUUCAAUAUUUCAAAGCCCCUUUGGAUUUCUUGAUCUCCAUACAAUGCUGCUGGAUGAGUAUCAAGAACGGCUCUUUGUGGGAGGCAGAGACCUUGUCUAUUCCCUGAACUUGGAACGAGUCAGUGAUGGCUACAGAGAGAUAUACUGGCCUAGCACAGCAGUAAAAGUAGAAGAAUGCAUAAUGAAAGGAAAAGAUGCAAAUGAGUGUGCCAAUUAUGUCCGGGUUUUGCAUCACUACAACAGGACACACCUUCUGACCUGUGCUACAGGAGCCUUUGAUCCACACUGUGCCUUCAUCAGAGUCGGGCACCAUUUGGAGGACCCCCUGUUUCACCUGGAGUCACACAGAUCUGAGAGAGGAAGGGGCAGAUGUCCUUUUGACCCCAACUCCUCCUUUGUGUCCACGCUAGUUGGUAAUGAACUGUUUGCUGGACUCUACAGUGACUACUGGGGCAGAGACUCGGCCAUCUUCCGCAGCAUGGGGAAGCUAGGUCACAUUCGCACUGAGCAUGACGAUGAGCGGCUACUGAAAGAGCCAAAAUUUGUAGGUUCAUAUAUGAUUCCUGAUAAUGAAGACCGAGAUGACAACAAAAUGUACUUCUUCUUUACUGAGAAGGCGCUGGAGGCGGAGAACAACGCUCACACAAUCUACACCCGAGUGGGGCGACUGUGCGUGAAUGACAUGGGAGGGCAGAGAAUCCUGGUGAAUAAAUGGAGCACAUUCCUGAAAGCACGGCUGGUUUGCUCAGUACCAGGAAUGAAUGGAAUUGACACAUACUUUGAUGAACUAGAGGAUGUGUUUUUACUGCCAACCAGAGAUCCUAAGAAUCCAGUGAUAUUUGGACUGUUUAAUACUACCAGCAAUAUAUUUAGAGGACAUGCUAUAUGUGUGUAUCACAUGUCAAGUAUCCGGGAAGCCUUUAAUGGCCCAUAUGCUCAUAAAGAAGGCCCUGAAUACCACUGGUCACUGUAUGAAGGAAGAGUCCCCUACCCAAGGCCUGGCUCUUGUGCUAGCAAAGUGAAUGGAGGCAAGUAUGGAACCACCAAAGACUACCCCGACGACGCCAUCCGAUUCGCAAGGAUGCAUCCACUAAUGUAUCAGCCCAUAAAACCUGUUCAUAAAAAACCAAUACUAGUAAAAACAGAUGGAAAAUAUAACCUGAGGCAACUAGCAGUGGAUCGCGUGGAAGCGGAGGACGGGCAGUAUGACGUUUUAUUUAUUGGGACAGAUACAGGAAUCGUGCUGAAAGUAAUCACAAUUUACAACCAAGAAACAGAGUGGAUGGAGGAAGUCAUUCUAGAGGAACUUCAAAUAUUCAAGGAUCCAGCCCCUAUCAUUUCUAUGGAAAUUUCUUCAAAAAGACAACAGCUCUAUAUUGGAUCAGCCUCUGCUGUGGCACAAGUCAGAUUCCAUCACUGUGACAUGUAUGGCAGUGCAUGUGCUGACUGCUGCCUGGCUCGAGACCCUUACUGUGCCUGGGACGGCAUAUCCUGCUCCAGGUACUACCCAACAGGAGCACACUCAAAGAGGAGGUUCCGCAGGCAGGACGUUCGGCAUGGCAACGCCGCCCAACAGUGCUUUGGACAGCAAUUUGUUGGAGACGCUUUGGAUAGGACUGAAGAGAGGCUGGCUUACGGCAUAGAGAGCAACAGCACUUUGUUAGAAUGCACCCCACGAUCACUACAAGCAAAAGUCAUCUGGUUUGUCCAGAAGGGACGUGACAUAAGAAAAGAAGAGGUGAAGACGGAUGACAGAGUUGUCAAGAUGGACUUGGGCUUGCUCUUCCUCAGAGUACGCAAGUCAGAUGCCGGGACCUAUUUUUGCCAGACAGUAGAACACAGUUUUGUCCAUACUGUGCGUAAAAUCACCUUGGAGGUGGUCGAGGAGCAUAAAGUGGAGGGGAUGUUUCAUAAGGACCAUGAAGAGGAAAGACAUCACAAGAUGCCCUGCCCUCCCCUAACUGGUAUGUCUCAGGGGACAAAACCCUGGUACAAGGAAUUCUUGCAGCUGAUUGGCUACAGCAACUUCCAGAGAGUGGAAGAAUACUGCGAAAAGGUGUGGUGUACAGAUAAGAAGAGGAAAAAGCUGAAAAUGUCUCCCUCCAAGUGGAAGUAUGCCAACCCCCAGGAAAAGAGGCUUCGCUCCAAAGCUGAGCACUUCCGUCUGCCAAGGCACACGCUGCUCUCGUGAGGGUGUCCUCUGCCGGCUGCCGAGGAACCUAGGAUGCAAACAUUUUUUUAAAGGAAAAAAAAAAGACUAAAAGCAUGCAAAAUCUUUCCAUUACUUCAAAGAACUUUCUGUAGUACUGAGAGGCGGAAAAGGUGUUUUAAGUAUUCUGCAUACUCAUCAGACUGUACAAACAUCUCUCUCACAGUACUAGUACUUAAACGAGUGUAUUGCUUUAAAAAGCUUCACCUUGUAUUUAUCAACAUAUGAUCCAUGCUGUAAAUUUGAGCUUGCUUUUCAGGGAAAUUAUUUUGCCAUUGGGAUAUGCAUUAUGAUUAUAAUAUUAAAGAAAAGGUUAUAGGUUUUUACCAUCGAGAAAAAUGUAAAACUCUUUCUGGAGGUUUUUUGUUUUUUCUCUUUGCAAACAUGAGAUAAAAUAUACAGAAUAUCAGAUACUGUAGAAUUCUCAUGUGAACUUUCUGGUCAGUUAUUGAUUUUUUUUUUUAAGCCAUAAGUUUUAUGUAGCUGUGUUGUGGUUGCUAUAAACUGUAUCAGAAGCCUGCGACCCAUCUGUUCCAAGGCUUGUUCUCUUCAUGAAACACUCACUAAACUAUAUUAAAAAUGUUUCUGUUUAAUAAACAAGACAUAUCCUUUAAAUUUCACUUCGGUGUGGAAGGAAGGAAGAUAGCCUCUCAGAAAGAUAUUUUUAGAUAUUUUUAAACCAUGAAAGUAGAAUUCUGUUAAAAGGUCUGUGCUUCCCUCUUGUGGUAGACGAAGGCAUUGCAUGUCUCAAUGCUGUUUCCAUAAUUUCCCUGCAAAAACUUGAAAACAAAAUAUAUGAGUAGAUACACCUAGUUAGUUUUUCCAAAGACUCAAUUAAAAAAAUGAUUUUAUAUAAUAAUUUAAUAAAGGAACAGCAUGCUUGCGGAUAAUUCAUAACUUCACAGCACAAUGAAGAUGUUAACUGUGUUUGAGCUUUGAAAUAGUAAAAGGUGCCCUUCAGUCAUUCCCUUAGACAAGACACUCUGGAAGUAUGGUUUACCUGUAAAAAAAUUAUCAAAGCAUCCUUUCUCAAAAAUGAAAUCUUCCUAUUUUAUAUUUACUUCUUGGAUUCAUUUUACUACUGACAUCUUCAGAGAAUCAUUAUCUUUGUCUUACGAAUAUAACCAAAAUUUAUAUUUUUCAGAAUGUUUAUUUCUUGAGAUCUUUCCUCUUUGUAUUUCAAAGAGUUAGCAGCUUCCUUUCUAAAAUAUGAGUUUUAUGAGACUUUUCAGUUAGGUAAGAGUAAAACAAGUGGAUUGUACAUAAGAACAAUUAUGAAUACUUAUUAGACUUAAAUUUAACUAUUUAUGUCAGCUAUCUCAGUAUGCUAUAUAAUUAAGAAUCUAAGUUGAGAACUUCUAAUGGAUUUCUUUUUCAGUCUAAGAUUAAUGAGUACAUAAAUAUUCCACAAUUUUAAAGUCCAGAAUUUCUAAAACAUCUAACUAAUAUGAAUAAAGAGAAAAUUGACAUCCUCUGAAAGUCCACACAUUAUUGACUGUAGAAUCCACUACGAGUCAUUGUUGUCCACCAACAGUAACUGGCAAAAGGGAGUAUUCAAAGCUUUUAAAAUACUGUAGUUUAUGAACACAAAGGUGGGGAGGGCAAAUUGGUGAAUUAAAACCAUAAACACCUCACUAGUUCCUAAGGAAAGUUUGUCUGGAGUAUUCCAAGGGAGCAGAAAACUCUAUGGAGAAGUUUUGAAAUGAUGCUUCCACUUAGCAAAUUACAGGGAAGGGGAGGAUUUUAUCUUAAUAAAUAAAGUAAAGUUAAAAGAAAAGGAAGUCAGACAUCGUGAGUCCAUUUUUAACCUUAAUUCACUGACAGGCAGGUAAAGAGGAACAUGAUCUUGCUGUGAUCUAAGUAGAAUUCAAAGAUUUUUUUUGUAAUAUAAUCAGUAAAUGCAAAUGAAGACCAUUGAACUAAAAAUCAGACAUUAAUCAGAAAGUAAUCUAAAAUAUAUUGAUUUAAAUGAAACGUGAUAAAAGUUCCAGGGCUUGAGUCCAAAUCUAGGGAGAGCACUAAAUUAUGUAUAAAUAUGUAUUUAUAUGUACAUACUAUCAUGUAUUAUACAUCCUCCUACACACUCACUUAUGGUAAGAUAACUAGGAACAGACACAGAGACAUAAGAGAGAGAGAGAGAGAGAGAGAGAGAGAGAGAGAGAGAGAGAGAGAGAGAGAGCACACUUGCAAUUCUAAGGAUAAAACUGAUGUACCACUUUGUCUCUGUCCCUCUUUCCUCUGACCAUCCUUGCAUGUAGACCUCCAAGAAGUGUAAGAUGUAUCACUAACCCCUUUCAAAGUUCAAACCAACAGAAUACAAAUCUACAGAAAAAAAAACUGUUUUGAAAAUCUGAAGCCUGCUACAUAAUCACCUCUAGUCUUUUGUUGGGCCUGGGGGUUAGAAUAAGAGACUCUCCUUUGAAAAGAAUUCUUUUGAAAAAAGCAACAAUGAUCCCACCAUGAACUCAGGUAUUUGUAGGACUCUAUAAAAGAAGAUAACAGCUCACCUUGAGAUAUCCAGACAUUUCCUUGGCAAACAAGAUAUGUCUUUAAGACCCAAGACCCUAGCCUCCCAUCCUUACUCUAAAGAGGCCCUUCUUUCUGUAUAACUAGUCUCCUGCUUCUCCAGGUUGCAUGGUAUCAUCUAAAAUAAGUAGCCUCUCCCUCAGCAUAAUCCAAACUCCCUAACCACAGAUCCUGGCGCCCGAGGAACACCACACUUAAAAAGUCGUCAUGACUUUGGAAGUCUUUCUUCUUUUGCAUUAAGUGCGAAUAUUGCAGGGAGAAGUUUUCAACAUUGAAAAAUAGGAAAGAGAACAGAAAUAAAUCCUACUAAAUCUAGAGCAGGGAAUGAAAAGUCUACACUUGCUUUGUAAAUUUCAAUGCACAUAAUAUAUGGUAACAUUAUGCUAAGUGUCUUACUUUCCACAAUUGACUAAAUCAGUAGGACAUUUUUACUGAGUAUCUAGCAGUUGUUGUGGGGUGUAGGGUUUUGUAAAUCUUCAUAGUAAUUAUGAAUAUUUGUAAAAUUUGUACAAUAUGACAAAUCAUCCUGGAUGUUAGCCUGAAGCAUGAGAGAAACAGCAGUUGUUGUCCUAAAAAUGAUAUCUUUAGCCUGUCAAGUAUAUGGAGUACUUAAUGUUAUAUAGAUACUUUAUAUCCCAGGUAAAUGUCACUCUUGUGAUGAAAACCAGUCACUGGUUCCUUCAAAAAUAUACUGCUCAUUUUCCACGCCAAUAAUUGCUGAUUUGAGUCAGAUGUAAUUGCUAUAUUCUGUAUGAACUCUCUUUGCUUGUUGUAGCAUUAUUUUAACUGCCGUUUUGUUAUCUUAUUGUCUUGGAUGAACAGCUUUAUGUAUUGGCUUUCGUUAUACAUAAAAUGGCUUAGCUCUGAGCUAGAGCAUAGUACUGGAGUGUCUUUGUCUCUACGGUAUCUUUUGGCUCUCUUACAGAGUCUGUAAAGCAUGUGCUGUAUUGUUUUUGCUGAUGAUAAACUCCGAGACCCAUUCUUACCUGGUAAUGGGUUACAAGGGACCAGUGACUGUGUGUCUCCUGGACUAUCACAUAGAGCCUCCACCCAAUACUACACAAAGCCUGUAUUAUUAAAUGAAAUUUCUAUUUCAUUUGGCUUAGAUGAAAAAGAAAUAAAUAUUCUCCAAAGCA